ACCACCGGGAAGCAACAUGGCGAGCUCCGGUGUGACCGCAGAUGGAGGAGAUAUGAUGCGAUAUGCGGAAUAUACGCCUAAAAUAACCCCCAGAAGUGAUGCAGAAAUAGACAGAAGACUGGGAGGCACUCUGAUCGCAGUUGGUCUUGGUGUGGCUGCCGCAGGAUUUGCUGGGCGAUAUGCUUUCCAGCUGUGGAAACCUCUAGGGCAGGUGUUUUCUGAGAGUGUCAAGAAGAUGCCGUCACUCGCUUUCUCUGCAUAUUACAAAGGUGGAUUUGAGCAGAAAAUGACCAAACGUGAGGCCAGUCUUAUUCUUGGCAUAAGCCCAACCAGCACCAAAGCCAAACUCCGAGAAGCACAUCGCAAAAUCAUGGUCCUUAACCACCCAGACAAAGGUGGAUCUCCAUACAUUGCUGCUAAAAUCAAUGAAGCGAAAGACCUCUUGGAUAAAGACGUUCGACGAUGACACAUUCUGUUAAUGUCACUGUAUAUUUAUUCAACUCUAUCAAAUAAACUGUCCGGCCAUUUUAGAAAUGUUUAUUUAAAUAACAAUCUAAAUUAUUUGUCAUUUUAAUGUGUAAUCCAGGAAAUCUCCAAAAGCAUUUGUACGGUAGACCCACUAUGUUGGGUUGGAUCUGUCCUUUGCUCUGGCCUUGUCCAAUGACCUUUUGAAUAAUAGAACUGGGUUAUUUUUAAAGGGCAUUUGUUGGAGCAUGAACCUCAAUGUGUAACACUGAUGAAAUGUACAACUCGAAAGUUCAGAGACAAAGGAAUGAACUGUAGCCUGUGUGUUCAUGUGCUACAGAUAGUUUUGU